GUCCUCAAACAAUUGUUUUGGAAAACUUGUGAAAGAUGUAUCUAAUUUUUGUGAUUUCAAUCCUAUGUUUAUUAAUGGCAUUUACCUCAAAAAUAACCAAAACCGUGUUGCCAUUUGUUUGCGGCGAUAGUUCGGAGGUGAAAUCGUUGAAGAAAGAAAUUUCCCAAUUGCGGGCAGAUUUAGCGAAGAUUUCGAUGCGCGAUGAGUACAUCAAGUACGUAAAAUGUGAACGGACGGUCGUUGCGUACGAAACGAAACUAAACGAAGCCAAAGGACGCGAUAACGUGAAGCGGGUGGUGUACGAAUAUGCUAUCCAUUACGGCGGUAUGGCGGUGCUUGCACUCUGUAUGAUGUACAUUUCUUUCUCCUACCGUUACUCAACAAUCAUCGUGUUUGGAAGCAACUUCAACUUUGAACCAUUCGGCGGUCUCAUCAACUUCCCCGCGAAAGUGCCCAACUCGAUAUCGGUCGUGUUUUGGAUCGUUGUAAAUAACUUUGUUGCCCGCACCAUCGCCGGAUACGUAAAAUAA